AUGAAGUCUCUUGUACUGCUUUUCCUGCUGUCUGUGGGUGCAGCAAGUGCUGCUGUCUCACCCCGGGCAGUAUGGCAGUUUCGUGAGAUGAUCAAAUGCACCAUCCCACACAGUGACCCUCUGAAGGAUUUUGCUGACUACGGCUGCUAUUGCGGCUUGGGAGGCAGCGGGACACCAGUAGAUGAACUUGACAGGUGCUGCCAAUCACAUGAUCAUUGCUAUAGCGAGGAAAGUGCUUCCUGA